CAUUGACUCUCUCUCUCUCUGCACAGAUGCUGACAGACCUGCUGAGUUUGUGUGGUGAUGUGGAAAACGGGUGAUUUGUUUUAGAGGGUGUGGCUGAUCUGGUUUAUGUGUGUGUAUGAGAGAGAGAGAGAUUUUUAUACCCUGCAGUGAAUUCGACCAAUCGUUAACACGUCUUAAAUGUACGACUUGAAGGGUGAUUCGAGGUGCAUUUAACCUCGACCCCGCUUCUCUCUCUCUCUCUCUCUCUAAACCGCUUCCAACUCUUUCUGUGAUCUGUGAUUUGCUUCUGCUCACCUCUCUCGACACUGAUCGCUUUAAUUAGAAACUGAAUCAGGGUUGGAUUACGUGUGGAUGGUUCCAACUCUUCCGGGUCGACAAUGAUUUUUUAAGGGGGAAAAAAAACCACACACACAUAAGAAGGGCAGAUCGGAGUGAGUGGUGGACAAUUCCUGCAAUCAGUUCUAGGCAGAGAGACGUAAACAGACAAACCAGCCAGCAGAAGGUGUGCUAGCAAACAUGAGGUAUCGGGUCGGCGCUGGUGGCAGCAGCAGCUAAGAGAUGGAAGAGAAAGCGGUGCCUGGGAGCCAGUGCAGCUCCGACGCUGGGCGGCCAGGAGAUGCUGGUGGGUUGGGCGCAGGGUCAGCUACUCCCCGGACUGUCUCCAAGUGCGAGCACGGUCAGCCGGACUCCCAAGGCACCCUUCACAGAGCCCUGGACUUCAAGCUGCAGGGCAACCAGUGCUACAAGGCGAAGAAAUUCCGAGAAGCCAUCGGCAAGUACCACCGGGCUCUGCUGGAGAUGAAGGGCUUCCUGGCGGUCACCGACCCCGAGCCGUCCCCGGCUGUCCCGGUGCAGCCUUCCUCCUGCGGGAGGGCGCCGGUCACACUGACCGAGGAGGAGAGGAGGCUGCUGGAGAGUAGCGAGAUCGAGUGUUACAACAGUCUGGCGGCUUGCUUGCUACAAGCUGAACUGGUGAACUAUGAACGAGUAAAGGAAUACUGCCUCAAAGUCCUGAAGAAAGAAGGAGACAAUUUCAAGGCCCUGUAUCGCUCUGGUGUGGCUUAUUAUCACCUUGGAGAUUAUGAUAAAGCAUUACAUUAUCUGAAGGAAGCAAGAAACCGAGAACCAACAGAUACAAAUGUCAUCAGAUACAUCCAACUGACAGAGAUGAAGCUCAGCAGAUGCUCGCAGAGGGAGAAAGAAGCACUUUAAAGGCAUUCGAUACUGCAGGGGUAGGAGAGGACAACUGCUGCGGUGACUGGUGGGCUUUGUUUCACCAUUAAACUUUAUUCUCUGGAUUGGAAGCUUGCCUGCAUGAGACGAGCUCCGGUUCCCCAGCUGAGGAACUGCAGAGCCAGAGGCCAUUUGAAGUUUGGCAUUUUGUGUAGCCAGAAACGGAUUGGGAAAAGAUCUUGAGGCUGUGACGUCAUUACAAGAAUUUCGGCAAGCUUUGUUAGGAACAUUUUUUUUAAAAAUUGCAUCGCUUGUUGAGGAAGGUAACGUGUUUAAAAAGUUCUUCUUUUUUUUUUAAAUGACUGUUAACAGAAGUUUACAGAGAAACUGAAAGUGGGAGUAGUUUACCACUCUCCGUGGAUGGGGAGAGAAGUAAGUUUGCAAUGACACCACAGCAAUCUCUCAAAAUGGCCAACUCCAGAUCUCCUGAUUGAAAACUGGCCAAGGGAGAUUAUCAUCAAACAAUUGAUUUGAUGGACAGCAUCCAAAACAUUUGAGCAGAAAGCAGUCCUGUAUAUUUGCACUGCCAUUUAGCCUUUACUCAUUAAAGUUUUAGCAAUUUGAAGGGAAGGUUGAGAGUUGUUGCUCGUAGAACCUAUUUAGAAUAAUACACGUGAAUUAUUAUAUUCAGAUUUUAAGAAGUACCUGUACAGUGAGGGAACAAGUAUCUAUAACUAUUAUCAAUUUUGAUAAACAUGCUUUAAAUUAAAAAAAAUACUUUUAUUGAAGUGGUAUAUAACACAAGUGUUGAGCAUGCUAAGUGCAUUGGCAAAACAAAGUGGAAGAAGAGCACAAUAAUUGUUUGCAAUUACCCUGAGAUUAUGUUGCAGUGUGCAAAAUGCAUAAUGCACUUGUCUAGAGCUUUUCUAUCCAUUAUUUUAGUGGCGAUAUUAAACAAUUAAGACAGAAACGUGCACUUGGUAGCUGGAGCAAUGGAAGAGAGAGAAAUGUAUUAUUUUUUAACUAGAAAAGAAGAUGGAUGUUUUUAGGUCUCACUGAUAGCCAUUUGUUUCCAUGGUGAUAGAGUCCAUUAGCAACUGCACAGAAAACAUAGAUGUGUGUUCUAACACAGUAGACUUUGAAUAUCUUGAGACCUGAGGGUGUUAAUAUGUAUCUGCUGGUUGUGAGACUUUACGUGUUAGUCAGUACUCACAAUUUCAUUAAUAAGUCAUUGACUUUGAACAGUUGUUUAAAUGAUUUACUAGGAGACGGUCUCUAUUCUAACAGGCACAUUGCAAAAGAGAGUGGAAGCUGAACUACUCAUUAAUAAAAUUACAAGUGCCAGGGCAAAUGCUGCACUUGUCAAUUUUCAAAUAAUUAAAUAAUGGAUUCAGCUCUUAUUAGCCUAUGUUGUGAACAGUGCAAGCAAUAUCUUAAGACAGUGCAUGGAAGAGUAAAAGAAUGUGUUAUAGGAUAAGAAAGCGUUGGAACUGCACAGUGAACAUCUGAAAAAUAAAAGAUAAUAUUGUGUGUGGUACCAGAGCAGCUGGGUAUUAAAGCCAUUCCCCUCUAAUUUCAAAUAUUUAUAAAUUUGUUUUCUCCAAUUGAUACAAUGAGCAUGUGUUAUUAGAGGGAAAUAUUAGAGCAAGGUAUUUGGAAAAUUUAUACAUCAAACGACACAUCUACCCAACAAUCUGGAAGAAUGCCCAGGUUUGCCUUGUGCACAAAAGCAGGACAACCCCAUCCUUAUCAGUCUACUCUCCAUCAUCAGCAAAGUGAUGGAAGGGAUUGACAGUGCCAUCAAAUGGCCCUUGCAAAGAAAUAACGUGUUCACUGAUGCUCAGUUUGUAUUCCACUUGGGCUGAUAUCAUUACAGCCUUGGUCCAAACAUGGACAAAACAGCUGAAUUUUCAGAAACUAGGUGAGAGUGAUUGCCAUUGACAUGAAGGCUACAUUUGACUGAGUGUGGAAUCGAAGAGCCUUAGCAAAACUGUAGCUGAUGGGUAUCAGGGAAAAACUAUAGUUGGAUCAUGUCUGGCACAAAGGAAGAUGGUUGUGUUUGCUGGAGGUCAAUCAUCUCAGCCCCAGGGCAUCACUGUAGGGGUUCCCCAUGAUAGUGUCCUAAACUCAACCAUCUUCAGCUGAUUUAAGAAUGACCUUCUUUCGAUCAAAAGAAAAGAAAUGGGAUGUUCACUGAUGUCUGCUCCGUGCUCAGCAUCAUCGACAACUGCUUAAAUUCUGAAUCAGUGUCCACAUGCAAGAUCUGUACAGUAUACAGGCUUGGACUGAUAAGUGGCAAGUAACACAUCACCAAUGACAGAAUUUAAUCAUCGUCUUGUGAUGUUCAUUGGCAUUACCAUCACUGAAUCUUUCAUGGUCAACACUCUGAGGGUUAUCAUUGACCAGAGACUGAACUAAACCAGCCAAAUAAAUAUUGUAGCUACAAGAGAAAGCCAGAGGCGAGGAAUCCUGCAGUAAGUAAUUCACUUCUUGACUCCCUACAGUGUCAGUCCACUAUCUGCGAGGCAUGUUUUAGAACUGUGAUAUAUACUUCACUUGCCUGGAUAGGUGCAGUUCUCUAUUAGUGGGCGGCACGAUGGCACGGUGGUUAGUACUGCUGCC